CUUGCCGCACGUGGGAAGGUUCCAAUAUGGCAGUAGCAAGGGUUUUGGUUUAUGGCGGGAAAGGAGCCCUUGGAGCUACCUGUGUGACUUAUUUCAAAUCCAAAGAUUGGUGGGUGGCUUCUGUUGACUUGUUUCCUAAUGAAGAAGCACAUGCAAAUGUGGUUGUUACCAAGACAGACUCAUGGACUGAGCAAAAUGAAGAGAUUCAGCCCAAGGUUGAGGAGAUCCUUGAUGGUAACAAGUUUGAUGCAAUAAUCUGUGUUGCAGGAGGCUGGGCUGGUGGCAGUGCCAAAAGCAAAGCUGUUGUCAAGAAUGCAGACUUAAUGUUCAAGCAGAGUGUUUGGACCUCUCUUAUUUCUGCCAGUAUCGCUUCUAAGCAUUUGAAAGAAAAUGGUAUGUUGACGUUGACUGGAGCUCAGCCUUCUCUGGGGGCUACACCAGGAAUGUUGGGUUAUGGUAUGGCCAAGGCUGCUGUGCAUCAACUUGUCAAAGGACUUGCUGAUGAGAAAGGAGGUCUGCCAAGCAAUGCUUCUGUUCUGGCUAUCUUGCCCAUGACAUUAGACACACCUGGUAACAGGAAGGGAAUGCCUAAUGCUGACUUCAAUCAAUGGACACCCCUUGAAUAUGUUGCAAACUUGUUAUUUGAAUGGACUCAAAGUAGUGAUGUUCCACCGAGGGGAAGUUUGGUCAAACUAAAAACCCAAGAUGGAAUCUCUUCUUAUGAAAUUCACACCGGCGGACUUCUUUGAUAGAACUGUGACAGCGCUAACAAAAUGAUCUUCUUUGAUUCCUAUGGCAAUGAAACAACCGUUUCUACCAAGAGGUACUAAGCAAGGCCGAGCCAGGAUAAUCAUUUAGGGAAAUAUUUCCAAAUUUGUACUGCUAUAAGAAAAAUUUCACAAGACGGCAGCCUUUCCAGUUUCAUAGGAAAUUUGUUAGGGUUUACUACUAAGGUGUACAUUAAAGUGUGGAUCCAGGUUGAUCGGUGAUUAAAGUAGGGUGAACAGUUCUUACAA